UCCGAUCGCGGGGGAGAAGCAGCCAGUGAAUCGGACCAAGCUAAAGCCUCCCAUCGCCUCGGCGCGCCUCUCUGAAGCAAGCCGGCCACCAGGAUGACCGUGAUCGCCGGCGACAACUUGGACGAAGCGUCGGCCCUGCCCGGCCACCCUCAGGAUAGCUACCCACGGGACAAUGACGACCAUGAGUGCUGCGAGCGAGUUGUCAUCAAUAUCUCGGGGCUGAGGUUCGAAACCCAGCUGAAGACCCUUGCCCAAUUUCCCAACACGCUGCUGGGCAACCCCAAAAAGAGGAUGCGCUACUUCGACCCUUUGCGCAACGAAUAUUUCUUCGACAGGAAUCGCCCCAGCUUCGAUGCCAUUCUCUACUACUACCAGUCGGGCGGCCGGCUCCGCAGACCGGUCAACGUGCCGCUGGAGAUGUUCUCGGAAGAGAUCAAGUUCUACGAGCUGGGCGAAGAGGCGAUGGAGAAAUUCCGCGAGGACGAAGGCUUCAUCCGGGAAGAGCAGCGGCCCUUGCCCGAGAACGAGUACCAACGCCAGGUGUGGCUGCUGUUCGAGCACCCGGAGAGUUCGGGACCGGCCCGGGGCAUAGCCAUCGUGUCGGUGAUGGUCAUCCUCAUCUCCAUCGUCAUCUUCUGCCUGGAGACUCUGCCCCAGCUAAAAGACGACAGGAAACGCACAAUGCAGGUGGGCAACAGCACUAUGGCGUACAAGUCCAACAUCCUGACUGACCCCUUCUUCAUCGUGGAGACCCUGUGCAUUAUCUGGUUCUCCUUCGAGCUCAUCGUCCGCUUUUUCGCCUGCCCCAGCAAAGCGGAGUUUUUCAAGAACAUCAUGAACUUCAUCGAUAUUGUGGCCAUCAUUCCCUACUUCAUCACGCUGGGCACCGAGCUGGCGGAGGAGGAGGAGGGCAAUGUGAGCGGGGAGCAGGCCACAUCGCUGGCCAUCCUGCGAGUCAUCCGACUUGUCCGGGUGUUCCGAAUCUUUAAGCUGUCCCGGCACUCGAAAGGCCUCCAGAUUCUGGGGCAGACUCUCAAAGCCAGUAUGAGGGAGCUGGGACUGCUCAUCUUCUUCCUCUUCAUCGGGGUCAUCCUCUUCUCCAGCGCCGUGUUUUUCGCGGAAGCCGACGACCCAGAAUCCCACUUCUCGAGCAUCCCGGACUCUUUCUGGUGGGCGGUGGUGUCAAUGACCACCGUGGGUUACGGGGACAUGUACCCGGUCACCAUCGGGGGCAAGAUCGUGGGAUCCCUGUGCGCCAUCGCCGGCGUGCUGACCAUCGCGCUGCCCGUGCCCGUCAUUGUGUCCAACUUCAACUACUUCUACCACCGGGAGACCGAGGGGGAGGAGCAAGCUCAGUACCUGCACGUUAGCUGCCCGAACAUCGCCUCGGACAGCGAACUGCGAAGCCGCAGCUCCUCCACCAUCAGCAAGUCGGAGUACAUGGAGAUCGAAGAGAAUGUGACCAACAGCAUAGACAAUUUCAGAGAAGCAAAUCUCAGAACUGGCAACUGCACUGUAGUGAACCAAAACUGUGUGAACAAAAGCAAGCUGCUGACAGAUGUUUAAACAUCUGCGGGCUCGGUGGCGGAGGCCACGCUUUCCAGAUACUGUUCCUUGUAUUGGCUUUGUUGACCUCCUUAAAUGCGUUGUUGCAUUGCAGUUAUGCUAAGCGAAUUAAGCUUUCAGAAUUACGUGGAAGGUAUAUUUUCAUUUAUUUUUAAAUGGCUUUCUUUCUCCAACUACGUGACGAGGGAGAUCUUUUUCCGGAUCCAUUCACGUGAGCAAACGUAAGGUACAUUCUUUAAAAAAAAGAACUUGUUCUGAUAACUGCUCGCAAACCUUGAAUGGAAGUUUUUAACAGUUCAUUUACUAAUACCAAUGCAUGUGUUAAGGGACGAUUCUGCAAACUGCGCCGUGCAUCCAAACAAAGAUCGCGAACGAACAAAAACACCAGAUCCCGGAGUUUUGGUAAAACGUGCAAGUGUCUGCGGUUUUCCAACCACUGGUGAAUUUUUCAUUGCGAAAGGUGAUUGUUCAGGUCUGCUUAUAUUUAAAAAAAAAGUAUAUACAUCGCCGUCCUUUAUUCUGGAGAACAAGUGACUGCUUUCUGACAUGGCAACGAAUCGGUUGAAAACACUUCAGUGUUGCAAUUUUCAGAUAAUGGCAACCCAUGUCUUUCCAGGACUGAACUUUCAAAAGGCCCAUUUCCGAUAGGAUGUGAAAAGCAUAAUUCAAGACACAAACCCCUAAAGCAACAGCAUGCCUUGAUAUUCAUCACUCACUUUUGUCUGGCAUGCCUCGAACAUUACCUCAACCAACAGGAAACAAGUCUGCGUUUUAAAUUAUAUUUCUGGAGAGUUAGUUCUCAUUUGCUUUCACCAAAAGUGCAAUGGCUUAUUUCAUUUAUUAUUUCCAAGCACUCACGGCCUGAAUGUUAACUUGUAUGAGGUAGAGUAACUUUAGAUCAUAGCAUGUUCAACUACUUAACAUUUUGCCCUAUUCGGGAAUGGUAACAUGUAACCCACUAUAACUUAUGCAUGACGUUAGGUUACAAAAGAGAUUUGAACUAUAAGGAUUGAUUAUCGAGGGACCUGAUGAUUUUCCUGCAGAAUUUCAGGGAAAUGAGUUGGUUCACGUCCUAACAAUGCUCAAAAUAUCGUGCUAUCAGCCCAGUUACUUACGGGGAAACGGAAAACGUGAAAACAGGAUAGAUAAUGUAUAUACUUAUAUAUGACAUAAUUUAAUUUAAAUGGAACUAAUCACACUGAUAAGAAAGCAUGCCUUUGGUGCAUUUUAACAGAAUGUAAAUGUAAAAUAUAUGUAAAUGAUGCAUCCAAGCCAUUAAUUUCCUGAUUUAUCCUCAUUGAUAAAAUACUUUUAGUUUAAGCUUCCCUAUUCAUUAAGGCCGAAACUCAGUAAAUUACUUAGUUAGUUGUUAGUGCCUUUUAAAUCCUUCACUGACUGUUGGAAGUGCCUCCAUACACAAAAAAUGAUUGAAUGAGAUGACUCCAUAGAAACCCUUUUAAUCUGUUGCACAGUGAAAAUUUACCACCUCACUUCCUCUUGACAGUCUGGGGCGGAAUUCUGUUAAAUCUGUGAGCGCUAAUGGACAGUUAUUUUGAUGAUAAGUUUGUGGAGAGACAUUUCAGAUGGUUCUGCAGAUCUAAGCCAACUGGUGAGAGAGAGAGAGGAGGAGGAAUACCACUCACCUCAGCAAAUGGACACUGCAGCUGCUGAAGUAUUUUUGGAACCUCUUUGAUGUCCCCAGCAAUUAAAGAUUUGAACAAAUUGUUACUCUAAAACACUAAAAACAUGUUACCUUCUUCUCUUUCUGCCCACCUGCAUAAUCUGCAAUAUACCAAAAAGGAAAAUGAAGUUUCCUCAGCAGACUACCUCAGUUUUAGUUUGAUGAAAGGACUGUUUUAUUGUGUGGCUCCAAGCUGAGGGGAUUCUUUUCUUUUGGUUCUUCUGAAUUCACAUAAACAAUGAUUUAAGUGGAGGUUUUUCAUCGAGUUAUUUUCCUAUCAUAUUUUGUGGAGCCGUAUUUUCAAGUCAGUUUCAGUGCUUACUUAUGUUGCCAACAUCUCUAGUUUAGCCGGUCACUCUCCAUAGCCUAAUUGUAAUGCAGAAACUUGUCACAGCUCACUUUGACAUGCUACUUAAGCCCAGAAGCUCUCAAAGAUAUCAUGAAACAUCAAUAUUUGGAGAACUGUAUGGCAAUUUCCCAAAGACCCGGAGAAACAAGCGUUACAUUUUUGUAAUUAAAAUCAUGCAACUCUUGAGCAGAGGAACCUACCUGGAUAUGGUUGUGUUUAUGGAAGACACCACUUGUUGUCUAAGGAUAAUACAGACUGAAACAACUGGAUGACACACAAUUAACUUCCAAAAGGAAUGAUGGGUUGAUUAUAAAUUGUACUUUCUUGAAAAUCUCAGGAAUGCAAAGGAAAAGGAUUUGACAAAGAAUGAAGCUACUCCAAUUUCUUGUGACUGAAUUAGUUGAGACAACUGAACUGAGAGUAUAAUUGAAAGUUGCGCCGAGGAAUUUUGAAUAACUCUUGAACUACGUUUGCUGUUGGCAACAGGGCAUUAACUUCUUCAUUUAGAAUAUGUAAACCACCCAUACUCUGGUUGUCCCGAUCCUUCCACAUCACAUAAACCUUGAGAAUUAAAAGCAAUAUGGAAAGUUGGGAAGAAGUUUGUACCAUGAGUCUUCAGCCGUAUUAAGCUCCAUCCACAUGGUAGAAUGAUAAGAUCAGCCAACUGCAAAAAGCAACUACCUUCAGUUUUCCAGUGCUUAAGGCAAUGUGAAAAAUUGGGAGGAAGAAAACGCCAUGAAUUUAAGACCUGAAGCCAGAAUGAUAAAACAAUGAAUGUUAAUUUAAUGAAUACCAGAAUAAGACAAAUUCUCAAUGAAGAUUAGUUAACCACAAGAAAGCAACUACUAUCAUGAAAUUCCAGAGGGAAUAUGACAUAUAAAAUAACAAGGUAUAUGUUACAGGGCUACUGCAUGCAGGUAAUGCAUUGACUCUUUCGGAUGAAGAAGUUGUAUUUUCUUCUGCUAUAAAGUGUCUUAAGCUUUUGUUCUUUUUUAAGAAAAGCAUUCCUCAUCUGAUGCAAAAAUGUCUGAUAUAACUUAAUCCAGAGAUCCAAAACAAAGCACACACAGUGGAACAUCCACAGCAAUCCUGUUUUGAGCAGGUGUAGUUGGACUGUGUGCAGCAGAUUACUGAAGAAACCAUUAAGACAAGCAAAAAGCUGCUUGUCACUGCAUUAAGGUGAAUUAUCCUUGUUUGGAUGAAGUGACAAUUA